AUGUGGACGGAUGAUUUCCGUAAGAUGAGCUACAUGGCUAUCACAUGUCACUAUGUAACACCAACAUUUGAACUCAAGAGCAAGCUACUCACCACAACAUGCUUCCCAAACCAUGCUAAAACAGGAGAUAAUAUCCGAAAAGAGCUUCAACAGCAGUUAGUCACAGUCCUCGGCUUUGAUGCAUCAGUUAUGAACAAUGUUGUCUGGGUAACUGACCAGGGCGCAAACGUGGUGGCCGCUCUCCGUCCAUACAGGCACCAGGCUUGUCAAGAUCACCUGUAUAACACAGUCCUCCGACAUGCCUUAAACACAGAUGAGCUGGCUGAAGUAGUCCCAGAAGUAGCAGAGACCCUGUUGGCGGCCAAGGCUUUAGUCCGCUACCUAAAACAGUCUGGCCUGGUCAGUCAGCUGCCAAGAACUGUUAAACAAAUGGCAGAGACCAGGUAUAGCACAGUCUUCCUCACACUGGAGUCAAUUCAGUCAGUCCAUGCAGAGCUGCAGGAGCUUCUUCAGAGCCGUGGUGAGAGCGCGCGAUUGCGCGAUGUCUCCCCAGAUGUUCUAGCCUUCCUGGUGGAAUUUCUGCGCCCAUUUAGCGACGCGCAAAAGGAGCUAGAAGGGGACAAAUACCCAACACUGCACCUUGUCGUUCUCUGGGCCAACAAGCUGAAAAACCACUGCCAACCAGACGUGGCUGAUACUCCUUACCAGGCUGUCAUCCGCCAACGACACCUUGACUGGUUAAUGAAAAAAAUCCAAAUCCAGCCACUUCAUAAAAUUGCCAUCUUCUUAUGGCCGAAGUUCAACCAACUACGAAUGUUUACUCUCGCUGAGAGGACCGACAUCCAGCAACAGGUCAGAAUCCAGAUAAACCGCUUCAGGGAGGGAGAGGAUGCACGUCGGCAGGAGCAGUCUACACAAUCAGGGUCGGGCGCAGUGGCAGCUGCUGGUCCCGCACCAAAGAGGAGAGCACUGGCGGAGUUUGAAGACGCGUGGGAAAAUGUCAGAGUGGAGAACGAGGAUACUGAUGAAAUCCAGGUCUACCUCAGCCUCAACCCCACCAUGGAAGCUGAUGGAAGGGAUCUACUGAGCUGGUGGAAGCAACACGAGACCACAUUGCCGUUACUGGCACGUCUGGCCCGCAUGGUCUUCAGUGUCCCGGCCAGCAGUACCAGCAGUGAGCGCGCUUUUAGCGCAGCUGGAAGAGUGAUAGAGGAAAGGAGGACUGGACUUGCCCCUGAAACGGUGGAUGCUGUCCUUUUUCUGCAUGAUGCCAAAUAG